AUGAGUUACGGAUCCGAGCACGUCAACGGGAUCAUCCCCAAGCCAAUCGAAAAGAUAUUCAAAGAAAAAAUGCAUAUUAGCAAAUUCAGACCCCAGGCCGAGGGAGAGUACCGUGCUGGUGCGCAGCCAUGCAAAACCAUGGGUCCAUCGAAAGUACCUCUCAACUCGCCGGAAAGCUUUCUGAAGAAGGGAGAAGGAAAGCCAAAGUGCUCAAAUGGCGUCAACAAAUCGUGCAAGAAAAGCGAAGCCCUCAAGCCGCCAGUUCCAGUUAACGCGCCCUUUGACAGCAAGCAAGUGCUACGACCUGAAAAAGAUUUCAUCACUAAAAAUGCUCUUGAUGUGAUUAAUGCUCGGCCACGAAUGCCCACUGAGAAGAUUGUUGAUGAUGUCAAUGGUCAAGCUGAUGAAAUCGAGUGUUCUGGUCUCGUCCCCAAGUACUCGAAAAAGAAGAACUUCGGUAAAGUGCCAAAUUACAUCUGCAUCCGAAAAGAGCAGCGCGCCAAGGCCUUCCAAGAGUAUCAGCAGUGGAUCUACGAGCGAGAAGCGCUCCGACAGACUGUGCGACUGCUCACUGAAGCCGAGCGAAUGGAUCUCGUCGCCGGCCUCAAGAAAAACUGGGAAGAGUCAAACGUCCGCUACCAAGGCCUGUCCGUCAUCACCGACACUGCGCCCAAGAAGAAGAGAAAGCAGAAAAUCGAGGCCGAGAUGAAGCAACUCGAGCGCGACAUUGACAUGAUCGAAAGCCACAAGCACAUUUACGUCGAACACUAA